CAAGAUUUUUUUUUUUCUUUAUGAAAAGGAAUUUUGACAGAGGAGCACGCUGUCCUUUUAAAAAUACAACAUCGCGGGAGGAAGUAGACUGGUAUUAACAAUACUUCAUAAAUAAUGUGCCUCGUGAAAUAAAGAUCCGAAAGGAAUUUGAAUAGAAAUUUCCUGCAUUUCAUGCCAAGGGGGAGACACCAGAAUCAAGCGCUCCUCGUGACCGAAGACACCCCUCAUCCAAGAAUGCUAAGAACAGCCAAUAAAAUAGCAGAAUUGUAACUAUUCUCUCCCCCCCCCCCCGCACCCUCGCCUUUGGGGCCGUGGGGCGGGAGCUGUUGGUGCCCGCAGCUUUUCCUCGGGCAAGGAUGGCGCACGCGGGGACCACCGGGUACGAUAACCGGGAAAUCGUGAGGAACUACAUCCACUAUAAGCUGUCGCAGAGGGGCUACGCGUGGGAUGCUGGCGACGUGGGCUCGGCGACCCCGGGAGCCACCCCCGCGCCGGGCAUCUUCUCCUCCCAGCCUGGGAACGACACCACAUCGGCCGUGCCCCGGGAUCCAGCAGCCAGGACCUCGCCGCCGCCGGCCGCGGCCGCCCCCGCCGGGCCUCUGCCUGGCCCGGUCCCACCUGUGGUCCACCUGACCCUCCGCCAGGCCGGCGAUGACUUCUCCCGCCGCUACCGCCGCGACUUCGCCGAGAUGUCCAGCCAGCUGCACCUGACGCCCUUCACCGCGCGGGGGCGCUUCGCCACGGUGGUGGAGGAGCUGUUCCGGGACGGGGUGAACUGGGGGCGGAUCGUGGCCUUCUUUGAGUUCGGCGGGGUCAUGUGUGUGGAGAGCGUCAACCGGGAGAUGUCACCCCUGGUGGACAACAUCGCCCUGUGGAUGACUGAGUACCUGAACCGGCACCUGCACACCUGGAUCCAGGAUAACGGAGGCUGGGACGCCUUUGUGGAGCUGUACGGCCCUGGUGUACGACCCCUGUUUGAUUUCUCCUGGCUGUCUCUGAAGACCCUGCUGAGCCUGGCCCUGGUGGGGGCGUGUGUGACUCUGGGUGCCUAUCUGGGCCACAAGUGAGGUCCAUCAGCCUGCCCCAAACAAAUAUGCAAAAGGUUCACUGAAGCAGUAGAAAUAAUAUGCAUUGUCAAUAAUGUACCACGAGACGAAGUUGUGGUCUCUUUAAAAGAAAGCAAAACACACACACACACACACACACACACACACACACACACACACACACACAGAGCUUUCAGGCAAAAAUGUCGAAUCAGCUAUUUACUGCCAAAGGGAUAUAUCAUUUAUUUUUUACAUUAUUAAGAAAAAAAGAUUUAUUUAUUUAAGACAGUCCCAUUGAAACCCCAGUCUUUGGAAACCCCACCAUAACUGCCCAGCACCACUUUGUGGGGCUGCUGUACCUACUGGCUCGUGUCUGGAAGCUCAGCUCUGUUUUCCUCGACGGCUGGCCUGACCCACCCUUGGAGAGAGCCCGUGGACCUGGACCCCCGGCUGCCGCAGAAGCCCUGGCUCAAGGCGAGGGCGAAUGGCUUUUCUGUGACUUGUGUUCACCGACCCCCGGGGGGCUGGGGCGCUGUAGGGGGAGUGUGCUGACAAGGAAGGCUAGUUUUCUGGGCCCCGGGGACUGACGUUUUGGGCACGGCUGACAUGGUACAUGCCGAAGGUGGAGGACAAGAGCUAGGAGGCCCGUGGGCGCGGUGCCCACUAAGACUUCCCUGCCGAGACGGUGACGGAGAGAAAAAAAUGCCCUUAAACCAUAGGAAAGUAUUUUUUUAAGCUACCAAUUGUGCCGAGAAGCAUUUUAGCAGUUUAUAUAAUGCCAUCCAGUACCUUAAGCCCUGAUUGUAUAUAAUCGUAUAUUUUGGAUACGCCUCCCCUCGCCCCUCCCGUCCCUCAAUACUUGCUCUGUCUGAGUAGGAAACAGAAAUCCUCUGGAUUUGAGGAUGUGGAUGUUCGAGGGACUUCCUCGACAUCAGAAAGAACGGAGUCACCCCAGAGCAUCAGGCGGCCACAAGUGCCUGCUCUUAGGAGACCAGUGUCUGCAGAGCCCGUCCUGGCUCCGAGGCCUUCGCCGGGUUUGGAAUGGAACAGUUACUGGCCUCCGAAUGUCUGGGAGUGGACAGAGCUCGAAUUCCACGGUGAGAAAGAGCCACAGUGGGGCCCGGCUGCGGCCUGCCCGCCUCACAGACACAGGCCGCCUUCCACGGAGCCUGGAGUCUGCGAGCCACGACUCUUCCUAAGACCACGGUGGAGAGGAGAGAGCCGGCCCCGUGCCUGUCCCCUCGGAGGGGCAUGGCGAGGGCCAGGGAGCCACCAGCCGGGAAAGAAGGCUGAACCCCUUGGACCGCUGCGCAUGCCCAUCAGUGGCUCUCAGCCAGCCCCGUUUGAAGGCAAGGUUUUAGAUGACUUGGUGGAGGGCCUUAAAAUACCAAGGGAAAUGCUGAAAUGAGGUGUCAUGAAUUCAGUGACCUGUGUCUGUGGGAUUACAUGUAAAACAUUAUCUUGUCAUUGUAGUUUGGUUUUAUUUGAAAACCUGAUAGUGGGAGAUUUAUUUACAAAAAGUUCCAGGUAUGGAAUGUGAAGAUUAUCUGCACAUCUGUAUCGAUUAUCUGUACAUCCUGGGGCACUAAAAACAAAAAUUAAUGAUGGAAAACUAUAGAGAAGUAGCAAAAGAAGCGAAUUCUCCAGCUGAUAAAUUGAAAGAAAAAAAUUUUUUUUUUCACAUUUGGAAUCAGCUUGGAGAGAUUUGUGGAAUAACCUUAUGGCAUUAUCACAUUAUACACCAUUUAUCUAUAUUAACUUUGGAAUGUAUUGUUCAAUGUUGAUUGCUGUGUUUGAUAUUUCGAAGGCUGCUUUAAAAAAAAUACAUGCAUCUCAGCAUUUUUUUUUAAAUUCUAUUUAGUUAUGGCCUCUAGAAUAUUUGUUAGCCAAAAAUGAUUAAUUUCCCAUUUGAGGUUUUUGUUUUUUGUUUUUUGUUUUUGUCUCUUGAGUCUUCAAAAGCAUUUCUGGAAAGGUGGGAAGGUGUGCCACCUCGAUCCCUCUGCCCACUGAGCAAAGCUGUGGGCUGACUGAGUGGUGUGCAGGCACCUCUGCGUUCUCGGGAUUGGUCAUUGUGACCGAUGUAGCUGUGGAUCACUUGACCUUGUUCCUUCAAGGUGACCGUGUCCCUGAAUGACCCAGAAUGUGACCCAUGUGACCCAGGAUGACAUGUGUGAACCCAUGGGCUUCAUUCCAUUGGAAAUCCAGGCGGGAAGACCGACCAAAGGAUCAACAUCUGGCAGUCGGGCCUUCAGUUUCCAGAAAGUUCCUUUGAAAAGCCUGUUACUACGUAGAGGUGUCCAGAGCCCACACCCACCUUCCGCAGGGCCCGUCUUCUGCACGGCUGUCACUCAGGCCCCUCCUGAGACUCAGUGCUGGUUGGGGAGCCAGACCCCCCUGGUGAGUCUUAGGGAAUGGGAUGAUCGGACCUUUUUGAAUGAUCUAAUUUUUAAACAAAAUAUUAUCUUAUGAAAGGUUUACAUACUCCAGUUGAUGAAUAUGGAAUAUCAAACCCUGUGCUGCUGUCCUGCCAAGAUCAUUUGAAUGGAGUCGGUUUGCAGUACAUGCCAAGUGGAGGCUCCUCCAAGCUGCUUUGAGAAAACAAUGAAGAAUACGGACUUUUUUUUUUUUAAUAUAAAACCAAUUUGUCUUUUUGUUUUUGUUGUUACUGUUCAAACUGGGAUUUGCAGAGUAUUUUGAAAAAAUGUGUAUUAUAUAUAUAUAUAUAUAUAUAUAUAAAUAUAUAUUAAGAAAAGGUCAUAGGGCCUAACACCUGGCUGGUUUCCUUCGGAUGUGGGAUUUUGUAGUCGGAUUUUAAUGGUAAAGUCGCUGAGCCACUGACUCCAGAACUGCAGCAAACAGUGGCUGCACUUGCUCUAAGAGCUGUUGGAUUUGCGCUUUUUCUUGUUAAAAACAUAUUAGAAGCAAUGAAUGUAUAUAAAAGUCUCAACUAGUCAUUUUUUCCUCCUUUUGUUUUUAGCCUUUUUUUUUUUUUUUUUUUUUUGGAGUGUUCAUUAUUUUGCUGUCGGGCCACAGAGAGCCAUCCCAGUGUAUUUCCUGUAAAGAAACAUUUCACAGUUGAAUCUCAACUCCUCUUUUAAGCUUUCUGGUCUUCGCUAGAUUGGACGAGGUCAGGAUAAAUUGGAACGCAGAUAUCCCCCAAAUCAGAGUCAGGGGAUCUAUAAAGAGCCCACAGGAAAAAAGCACGGGAGAAUCUCCAGGUGCUCUGGAAGCCUGGCUGCUCUGACUCUCAGAGAGACAUGGAAAUAGCUCACCCAGAGGGUUCGCAGGCUUCAGUCUCGUCUCACAGUCCCAAUUAGGGAAGCACUUUUCCUAGGAACAAGUGAAAACUCAGUGUUCUUUGCCCAGCUCACUUGUUUCUGCAUGUCUGGGUGUGGCCUACCUUCGUGCAUCCCUUUUUUAUUUCACUGGCAAACACUUAUUUCUUACAACUGAAAGCCCAGCUGUGGCCUGGGGGUGGGGAUUAGGGUAUGCUUAAGAACUCAGAGGAAUUAUAAUUAGGGAGAUUAAAUGUAAAAUAAAAUUAGGACAAUCCCAAUGCAUAUUUGGCUUUCCCAUCAAGGAUCUAGUGAAUGGGCAGAAUUACAAGUUAUUUAUGUUUAAAGUUAAACAAACAAUUCCCAACCAUGAACUUACCUCUCAUUCUAAUUGUGCUUUGAAGGCAAUGGCUGUCUUUAUACUUUCUUAUCACUUAUAGUUAGAAAUGCACACUUACUCUAUCAGGAGGAAAAAAAAAAAAACAAACACAGGAAA